UUUUUCAUUAUUUCGAAAAGAAAUUGAAAAAAAUCAACAAAAAAAUCAAAUAAAAACAAAGGAAACUCAAUAACCAAAAGAAAAUAUAAAUAGUCAUUAUGUCAAUUAGAAUAAAAUUAUUUACCAUCAUUUUAUUGGUGGGGUCGAUAGCAACGGCUCAAAAGGAGGAUUUCACAUGUCCUACACAAGCUGGCAAUGGCAAUUACGCAGAUCCCGUUACUUGUCGUCGUUUUUAUCAGUGUGUUGAUGGUUAUCCCUAUCUAAAUCGUUGUCCCUCUGGUCUCUACUUUGAUGAUUUACAAAAAUACUGUACAUUCAAAGAUGAAGCCAAGUGCGGACCAUUAGCAACAACACCAGCUACAAUAACCGAAGCACCUGCUGAUAAAGCACAAAAGUGCGAUACCGAAGAAUGUCAACUGCCAUACUGUUACUGCUCAAAGGAUGGCACACAAAUUCCCGGUGGCUUAGAAGCCGAUAAGGUUCCCCAAAUAAUUAUGCUGACAUUUGAUGGUGCUGUCAACUUGAACAAUUAUGAACAUUACAAUAAAAUCUUCAAUGGAAAACGUAAAAAUCCCAAUGGUUGCAAUAUACGCGGUACAUUCUUUAUGUCACAUGAAUACAGCAACUACCAACAGAUCCAACAUCUUGCCCAUGCCGGUCAUGAAAUUGCCACCGAAAGUAUUUCACAGCAACAGGGUCUUCAGGAUAAGGGUUAUGAGGAAUGGGUUGGUGAAAUGAUUGGUAUGCGUGAAAUUUUACGUCAUUUCUCGAAUGUCUCCGUUAAUGAUGUUGUCGGUAUGCGUGCACCAUUCUUGAAACCUGGCCGCAAUACACAAUACAAGGUUUUGGAAGAUUUCGGUUACAUUUAUGACAGUUCCAUUACCGUGCCCCCAGUACCCGUGCCCGUCUGGCCCUACACUUUGGACUACAAAAUCUCUCACGAAUGCAAGAGUGGUACCUGCCCCUCAAAAACUUUCCCCGGUGUCUGGGAAGUUCCCCUCAACACUCACUACGUAGAAGGUUUCGAAGGUGGUCACUGCCCCUAUAUGGAUCAGUGUGUCUUGCACAACUUGGAUGAAAAUGAAGUAGUCGAAUGGUUGCAAGAAGAUUUCUCACGUUACUAUGAACAGAACAAGGCUCCCUACAUGAUGCCAUUCCAUACAAAUUGGUUCCAAACUAAGCCAUUGGAAAAUGGUUUACACAAAUUCUUGGAUUGGGCUUUAGAACUUCCCGACGUAUACAUCUUGACCGUCACCCAAAUGUUGCAAUACAUGACCGAUCCCAAAGAAAUGCGUGAUGUGCCCAGCAUUGAAUCAUGGAAAUGUGACAAAAGUGUAGCUGUAGCUCCCAAACCCUGUAACAUUUGGAACACCUGUGCUUUGUCGUUUAAAAUUCCCGAACAAAAUGUUACCGACACCCGCUACAUGGAGACAUGUCGCGAAUGUCCCAAUGUUUAUCCUUGGUUGGGUGAUGCUGCUGGUACUGGCAUACAAGGACGUGAUAGUUAUAUCUUCUCAGGACCCGUACAGGAAGCCGAUGGCGAAAGUGUAGAUGAAAACUAAACACCCACUAAACACUAAAAAAAACUUUUCCUAUAAAAAUUAUAAGAUUUACAUCCAAUGAGGCGUAUUUAUUUGCUGCAACACAAACAAAUGUGCCAGGAUUAUAUUUUUUGUUAAACUAUUUUUUUUUAAAUAUUUUUGUUUGUUUAUUUCCAAUCCUAUUCUUCUGUUGUUUGAAUUUUUUUUUAUAAUUUUGUUUAAAUUUUAAUUUCUUUUUAAAAAAAAAUAUAAACUAGUUUUUAAGUUAACCACAACCACAAGAACAAAAAUCCGUGUCAACUUUGUUAGUAAAUAAGUUAUCAAUAAAUUUUACUUUUUUUUAUAUAAAACACCAA